CCUUAAAUUCACUUCAUGAAGACGGAACGAGUAAUAUUCCACGUCAUUGUCCUAGUCACCAUGUGGAAGGCAAUACUGCUGUGCGCGCUCGUGGGCCUGUCGGCCGCCCAUAAGGCUUCCUUCGAGAAUUAUAAGGUCUUCAGGAUUGUGCCGGUCACGCAGAAGCAGGUGGAAUUCUUGCGCCAACUCGAAAACCUUACCGAUGGGUUCUCUUUCUGGCAAUCGGCAACCUAUGUGGGCAGAAACGUGGAUAUUAUGGUAGCCCCGCACAAGAUGCCAGAGUUUCACGAGAUAAUGAAGCAAGCCACCAUGCCCUACAACGUUAAAAUAGAGAAUGUGCAAGAACUGCUCGACAGGUCGUCGCCUCAAAUUCGAUCGGGUUCCUUCGACUUCACCAGCUAUCACACCUUAGACGAGAUCUACGAGAACCUGGACAACAUGGUCAAGCAAUACCCCGACAAAGUGCAGACGAUCGUGGGCGGCUCGACAUACGAAGGACGGCAGAUCAAAGGCGUGAAGAUAUCCUUCAAGCCGAACAACUCCGGCGUGUUCAUCGAGGGUGGUAUUCACGCCAGAGAAUGGAUUACGCCGGCCACCACCAUGUACAUAUUUCACCAAUUAAUGACUAGCAAGGAUGCGGACAUCAGAAAUAUAGCCGAGAACUACGACUGGUACAUCUUUCCCUCAUUCAACCCGGACGGAUACGUAUACACGCAUACCACGGAUCGAAUGUGGAGGAAGACUCGUAAGCCGUACGGUUUAUGUCGUGGCAGCGAUCCGAACAGGAACUGGAACUACAAGUGGAACACCGGAGGUGCCAGCUCUAACCCGUGUGCCGAAACAUACGCCGGAAGCGCACCAUUCUCUGAUAUUGAAACAAAGAGCAUGUCCGACUACAUCGAAUCAAUGAAGGGCAAUUUCUCCGUAUAUCUGUCAAUCCACAGCUACUCGCAACUCCUAAUGUUCCCUUACGGACACACCACGGAUCAUUUGGAGAAUUAUGACGAACUGUACGCUGUCGGUACGAAAAUGAUCAAUGCUAUCCGGCAGAGAUACGGGACUCGAUACAUAACCGGAAAUAUCGCCGAAACAAUCUACGUUGCCACAGGAAGUACCAUAGAUUAUAUCAAGGGCACAUAUGGCAAACGCUAUGUCUAUACCUACGAAUUACGCGAUCAAGGUAGAUACGGCUUCCUGCUACCGCCCGAACAAAUCAUCCCGACUGGAGAGGAAACAAUGGACUCUGUCGUGGCCCUGAUGAAGGAAGUGGAAGCGCGCGGUACUCUUAAUAAAGUUUAAGGAUUACGUUUAAUCAUUAUUAAAUAAUAUCAUCGACAUGUCGCGCGUCACAUAAGAAAGUGAUACAGUUCGAAAAUAUUUGUUUUCUCGUGGAGAAAGAUGUGCAAGAUAACACUUAGUAGCGGCAA